AUGGGUAGGACGGAUAAUGCUACAGAGAAGGUCUCGGAUCUAUUAGAACAGCUUACUGCUGUUAACAAGCUUGGUGGUGAACCUGAUUUCGACAAGCAAGUCGAUGGCUUGAAUCUUAUACUAGGCCCACCCUCUGAUGGUCUAUCAGCUUGGUGGUGGGUGCAGGCACCUGUUCUAAGGCAUAUGCUAUGGCAAUUACGGGAACCUACCUGUGAUUUUGGUGUUAGGAGACUCAUUGAGGAUGCCCUAUGCAAGUGCAGUAAUGAUAGGAGUGAGGACACUACGGUAUUGGCUCUAGUGAGGGGCCUCAUUAUACCCUGGACCAGAAAGCUCUUGGAUCAUCCCUCUGAAGUGGUGGUUAACAGUGGUAUCCGGAUCAUAGCUGCAUACUGCACUAAUAUGGCACCAUUUGCUGUAGCCCAAGGAUGGGACCGAGAGCAUAGUGGUGGUAGUAGUACUGAGGAUGAGUCUGGCAGUACUUGGGCUGAUCUACUGCAUGUAGAGUUGAUACCAUUGGCUGAACAGGGUACUUUGGAUGAUCUAUUCCAUCUACAGAAGUCGAGACAGCACAAGGCUUUAGUGAGGAUACUGGCUCUUGGAGAUGAGCUCAGCAAGUCCACUAUAUCACAUCUACUACUACCAUUAGCACGAUAUCAUAUUACCAACAGCCCUGAUGACCAUAACCUUGUAGAUGUAUCAACUGGUAUCAUGAAGCUAGCAGCAAAGGACCUUAGCUGGACCAGGGUCAUCGGCAUAUUCCGAUGGCUAGGAGGUCAGCUGAAACCGGGUGGUGUGAGCCGUAAGGGGUUGAGGAAUCGUGGUAUUGGUAGACAUGGUGUGAGCCCUGAGCAGAUGGAGAAGGCCCUUUUGAAGGGAGUAUCAGCUGCCGUACAAGGGAUAUCCCAGCGAGAUGAUCUGUCGGAGAAGAUCGGCAACCUCAAGUCCACAGUACUACCAAUGCUUAGGCGUUUAGUGUAUACCAAACAGAAGGUUGAGGAUGAAGCCGGAGCCGUUGGUAAUGAGAAGCAAGCACAUCAUGGUCGUGGGGGGCAGCAGGAUGUUUUUGUUACCAUCCGUGUGAGCAUGGUAUCAGCUAUGUUAGAGGUCCUUAGUCUGAUGGAUGCUGACGUAUUCGGAAGUGAGUUUAACAAGCUCACUGGUGUUGUGGUUGGAGGCUUACUCUCAAGGGAGUUGGAGGAUAGGAGGAAGGCUCGGGAUGCCCUAUCUCGCAUGGCAGCAGCUGCUACCAGUCUUAAGCAGAUUACCUUCAUGCUUAGGACGAUCC